CAUCUUAUUAUAUUGGGGUGCAGGAAGUCAACCGUGUAGACGACUGCAACGCCGUCAAUAUUGACUGAAAACUCAAGAUAGUGUAUCCCUCCUUGAAGAAAAAUUCCACUUCACAAAGGAGAAAAGACAGAGAUUUUGAGCGAAGAAAAUGGAGGGUAACCAAAGAAUGUCGAAAGAGAAACUAGGAAUUUUGGGGAUAAUGAAAGAAGCUGUGAAAAUCACUUGUAAGAAUCCCAAGUUCAUCUUCACCUGCCUCACCUCACUUCCUCUGUUGUGCUCUUUAUUCAUGUACGAAAGUUUGUUUAUGCAAACCUUAGCUGAAGCUGCUAAAGUGUUGCACAAGGAAGGAGCUGAAUCAUAUUCAGAUUGUUUGUUAUGUCUUUCUAGGAAAGGAGUAAUGGUUGUUGACCGUUUAAUUGGCGAAGUUUCUCAUAACUUGUUAGUACUGAUUUUGUCACACCUGGGGAUCAUCCAAUUGUGCGAUUUCUUCAACACCGUUGCAACCGUGAAUUCAGCUUCGGUUAUACACGCAGGUAACGAGACUUUGACUCUUAAGGAAAUGUUGACCAAACAUUUAAUGGAUUCGAGGCUUAAAGGGCCUCUCAUCACAUCCAUCUACACUCUUGUGUUGACUUCGAUGCUAUCCCUGGGGCUGUUGUCAUUGUUGGUGUACAUUUAUAUACUACUGCGUGUUGGCAGUUUGUUGGUGUUGGUGUUUUUGGUGAUGUUUGUGGCUUUGUUGAGACUAUAUCUUGAGUGGGGUGCUGUGUGGGAAAUGGGUACCGUUAUUUCCAUCUUGGAAGAUAAAGAAGGUGACGUGGCUUUGGUGGUGGCUUCAUAUCUUAGCAGAGAGAACAGGGGCAAUGGAAUUCUCUUGAUGGUUGCUUGUCUUAUUUGGAGACUCGGAUUGAGAAUAGUGUGCCUGUUCAUAGCCAUGGAUGGUGGGGGAAGUAAAAUAUUGAUCUUGGUGGUGCAGAUUAGUUUGGUUGCCUUGGCAAACAUCAUCAAGUGGGUGUCUUUUGUGGUGUACUAUGUUGAUUGUAAACAAAGGAGAUUGGAAAAAGAUGUAUCGUCUGUUUAGUGUUAGCUAGAACUAUACACAGUCAAUAAAAUGUAUAUGCAAUAGUGUAUGAGUAUGCAGUAUGCAGUUUAAUGCAAGUAAUCAACCUGUGGCUGCAUUAUUUUGAGUAUUCUUGUUGUUGGGAAGUAUUACAAUUCUGAAAAUUAUUUGACAUAUAUUUAGUUAAGAGACAUGUUUGAAGGUUGAAAUAAAAGAGAGGUAUGAAUGAUUUGGUUGUUG